AAAUGUAUCCCUGUGGUUACGUUGCUGAAGUCACGAACUUGUCUCCUCAAGCCACUGAGAAAGAUGUUCAUAGUUUCUUCUCUCACUGUGGAAUCGUCGAGCUCGUCGAGAUCACUGGGUACGAAAGUGAUGCGUUAACGGCAUAUGUAACCUUCAGAGAUGCGUAUGCUCUGGAUAUGGCCUUGUUGCUUAGCGGAUCUACGAUCGUUGAUCAAACCGUUUGGAUAUCCAUGUACGGCGUCUAUUUACACGAAUCCAACAAUCUCACACAAGAAGAAGAUUCUUAUAGUGUAACGGUGACUCAUACAGACGCAUUUGCUCCAUCGCCUAGAGAAGCAGUAACCAUUGCUCAGCAAGUCGUGAGUACAAUGAUCGCGAAAGGCUACGUUCUAAGCAAAGACGCGAUCGGUAAAGCCAAAGCUUUGGAUGAGUCUCAGAGGUUCUCGAGCUUGGUGGCGACCAAAUUGGCAGAGAUGAGCCAUUACAUUGGCCUCACGCAGAACAUUCAGUCGAGUAUGGAAGUCGUGAGAUCAGCGGACGACAAGUAUCAUUUCUCGGAUUUCACAAAGUCAGCCGUACUGUUCACCGGAACCGCUGCUGUGGCCGCAGCAACCAUUACAGGGAAAGUCGCCGCGGCUGCAGCCACUAGUGUGGUGAACAGUCGAUACUUUGCUAAUGGGGCUUUAUGGUUCUCAGAUACUCUGGGCCGGGCUGCAAAAGCAGCAGCCCAUAUGGGUGAGUAUAUACAUAGAGAC